AUGCCCAAGGCAAUCUCGAUAUCCAAGGUCGAUGGCAAGCCCGGCCACGUGUACUAUCCACUGUCGCUGGAUGAAGUGCCGACGCCAUCGCCCGAAGGCAGACAAGUCAUCAUCAAGAUCCACGCAGCUGCACUCAACCACCGUGACCUCUUCAUCCGUCAACACUUGUAUCCGGGCACCGCAUUCGGAAUCCCACUGCUUGCUGAUGGUAGUGGUACUGUGAUUGCGGUGGGGAGCGACGCUGAUCCCAAAUGGAAGGGCAAGAGGGUGGUGGUGAACCCGGGAAUUGGCUGGAAGGAUGACCCUGCAGGACCCGAGGAUCAGGGCGGGUACAAGAUCCUCGGCGGCACCAAGACGAAUCCCAACGGCACGCUGCAGGAGUACGUGGCCAUCGACGAGUCAGAACUAGAGGAAGCACCUGAACAUUUGUCUGCCGUAGAAGCGGCAGCAAUCCCAUUGACCGGGCUAACUGCCUGGCGCGCGGUAGUGACCAAGUGCGGUGCGCACAAUCUCAAACCUGGAAAGAAUAUCUUGGUCACGGGCAUUGGUGGCGGCGUAGCUUUGAUGGCACUGGAGUUUGCUCGAGCCUCCGGCGCCAACGUUUGGGUGACUAGUGGCAGCGAAGAAAAGAUCAAGAAAGCCAUCGGUCUGGGGGCAAAGGGUGGCGUUAAUUACAAGGAAGCGACUUGGGAAAAGAAGCUGUUGGCGUUGCUGCCGGCAGAAAACAAACAAAUCGAUGCCAUUGUCGAUGGCGCGGGUGGCGACGUGGUCGAGAAAGGCGCCAAGUUGCUCAAGCCGGGCGGUGUCAUUGCAAUCUACGGCAUGACCGUUGGGCCCAAGAUGCCCUUUUUGAUGCAGGCCGUUUUGAAGAACAUCGAACUCAAAGGCUCGACUAUGGGAUCGAGGAAAGAAUUCAAGGACAUGGUGGACUUCAUUAGAUCAACCAAGGCAAGGCCUGUCGUUUCGCGGGUCGUCCAAGGCUUGGAUCUGGAAGCGAUCAAUGAUCUCUUCGAAGAUAUCAAGAAAGGCUCCCAAUUCGGCAAGCUGGUGAUCGAAAUCUCCAAACCGGGCGCCGAGAGUAAGCUGUGA